GGUCAGCCACGUAAGUCAGAUUUUACGUGUUCUUCGUAACGAAAAAGUGCAAAUAAUAUUCACAUGCAAUGCACUGACGCAUUAUUAAUUUCGGUGAAAAUGUUGUGAGAAUUGCUUAAAAUAAGGUAAUCAACGAUGUCUUCGGUGAAUUUCCCUAAUGGUCAAGAGGUACCAUCCAUGCCUGUACCGUUACAUCCAAACCAAGUUCUUCUGGAUCAAAAUCUUGAUCCAUUACAAUUCUCAAAUUCGAACAGAAGUGUACCUAAUCUAAAAGGUAUAAUGCCUAACAGCAAUGUGAUAGGAAGUCAGAAUCCAAAUAUUAUGACAAUGAACAACACAGUAAGACCACUGCCAAUGAACAAUUUUCAUUUACAAAAUAACAGUAAUAAUUCAUCAAGGACAAGCUCACCUUAUCUAAGCCAAAAUAAAUUUAGUCAUAUAAAUUCUAUGGACAGUAAUUUGCAUCAGAGUAGUGCAUCUUUUCGACUUACACCGAAAAGUGGUGUUAUUCUUAGUACACAAUCUACCAGUAAUACAUUAAAUCAAUCGUCUGUAAGAAAUGAUAAAGCUCCGAAUAUGGUGAAUAGUGUUGUCAAUGCUCAGAUGAGUGCUCCGUUAAUUCCGAGUACUGUGAAUAGUUCCCAUGUUGUUACUUCAACACAUAAUUCUUUGCAAAAUGCAGCUCCACCUUUUAAUGGGCAAAGUCAACAUUAUCAAUAUGUACCCAAGCCUAAUAGUAGUACACUACCAGGAAAGAUUCAAACUCAAGCACCUUCAUAUGUUUCUUUUCCCAAUCAAAUUUCGCCAAAUUCUAUGCGGCCAAAUAUGUAUGCUCAACAGAAUGUGCAACAAAUGGUACAACUUGUUCCUCCCCAGUCUACGAGUAUACAGAAUCAACCUCCUCAACAAUAUAAUCAAGUACCUAAUGCUCCUAUGCCUUUUAAUUCAAUGCCUCCAUUGAAUACUGCACAAAACUCCCAACAGCAACCUACUUAUGUGAAUAAUGUACAGCAUAAUCAAAUUCGGCCUAAUGUGCCUCAAUUAACUCAACAAAUGGGAAAUUUAUCUAUUGUACAACAAGGAUUUAAUUCAUUGUGGGGUCAAGAAACAGUUGAUCUUAUGCAAUGUAGGAAUAUUUUACCUCCAGAAAAGGUUGAAGCACCACCUAUUAAAUUGCAGCAACAUUUUCAUGAUGCCGUCAAUUGUAAUCCUGACGUUUUUAGGUGCACAAUGACAAAAAUUCCUGAGACAAAUAACUUAUUGCAAAAAUCUAGACUUCCUUUAGGAGUGCUAAUUCAUCCUUUUAGAGACCUUAAUCACUUGCCUGUCAUACAGUGUUCUACAAUUGUUAGAUGUAGAGCUUGUCGCACCUACAUCAACCCUUUUGUUUAUUUUGUUGAUAGCAAAAAAUGGAAGUGCAAUUUGUGUUAUAGAGUCAAUGAAUUACCAGAAGAAUUUCAAUAUGACCCUGUUAGUAAAUCAUAUGGUGAUCCUUCUCGACGUCCAGAAGUUAAAUCAGCUACAAUUGAGUUUAUUGCCCCUUCCGAAUACAUGCUGAGACCUCCUCAACCUGCAGUUUAUUUAUUUUUACUGGAUACAUCACGAUUAGCAGUAGAAAGUGGUUACUUGAACAUAGUUUGUAAGCAAAUUAGUGCCCAUUUAGAUGAAUUACCUGGAGAUACUAGAAUGCAGGUCGGAAUUAUAUGUUUUAAUUCACAAGUACACUUCUAUAACAUGGCUGACGGUCUAACAAGACCGCAUGAGAUUACAGUUAUUGAUGUAAAAGAUAUGUUUUUGCCAUGUCCAGAGAAUCUUGUUGUUAACCUGCUUGAACAAAAAACACUUUUCAAGGAGUUGCUUUCACAACUUCCUCAUCGAUUUACAAAUAAUCUUGAUAAUGGUUCAGCUUUAGGUGCCGCUUUACAAGCUGCUUAUAAACUUAUAUUUGCUACUGGUGGUCGGGUUACUGUUUUCCAAACAUGCUUGCCAAAUAUUGGACCAGGAGCUUUAACAUCAAGGGAGGAUCCCAAUGAUCGAUCUUCAUCUCAUGUGUCUCAUUUGGGACCAGCCACUGAUUUUUACAAACGUCUUGCUCUCGAUUGUUCAGGGCAACAAAUUGCUGUUGAUUUAUUUCUUUUGAACAGCCAAUACUCAGAUUUGGCAACAUUAUCCGGAAUUAGUAGGUUUAGCAGUGGCUGCAUGUAUCAUCUACCAUUAUUCAAAGCUGAUAGAGCUCAACAUGCUGAUCAGCUAUCAAAAAUGUUUGCACGUUAUCUCACUAGAAAAAUAGGAUUUGAAGCUGUUAUGAGAGUUCGAUGUACAAGGGGUAUGUCCAUACACACAUUCCAUGGAAAUUUCUUUGUCAGAUCUACAGAUCUUUUAAGUUUGCCUAAUGUUAAUCCUGAUGCUGGUUUCGGUAUGCAAUUAUCUAUUGACGAGAGUUUACAGGAUGCUCAAACUGUUUGUCUGCAGGCAGCUUUAUUGUACACGUCUAGUAAAGGGGAACGAAGGAUAAGAGUACACACGCUUUGCUUACCAGUUAGUUCCAGUUUGAGUGAAAUUAUGUUUGGUGCAGAUGCACAAUGCAUUGUUGGAUUAUUAGCAAAAAUGGCCGUUGAUAGAUCUCUGCAAUCCAGCUUGACUGAUGCUCGUGAUGCUUUUAUUAAUGUUUGUGUGGACGCAUUAGGAGCAUUCCGAGCUACACAAAACUUACCAAAUGGUUAUCAAUCACAUAGCCUUUGUGUGCCAGAAGGACUCAAACUAUUGCCACUUUAUAUACACGCACUGAUGAAACAUGUUGCAUUUAGAGUAGGAACUAGUACGAGGUUGGAUGACAGAAUCUUUGCAAUGUGUGAAAUGAAAUCUCUGCCUUUGGACCAACUAAUCAAACAAAUUUAUCCUAAUUUUUAUCCACUGCAUUAUCUGAAUGAAAUUGAUAACUAUGAUUUGGAAAAAGAAGUUCCUACACUGCCUAGACUACAAUUAACAGCAGAAAAAUUGGAUUCAAAUGGCGUAUUUCUUUUGGAUUCCGGUCCAAUUAUUUUUAUUUAUGUGGGUAGUAAUUGCUCUCCAAACUUCUUAAGGACUGCAUUUGGUGUACCUAGUAUCAUGGAAAUUCAAGAUAUUUCACAUGAACUGCCAGUGAUAUCUACUAAGCAAAAUGAGGCCAUCCAUGCUUUCAUAAAAUCAUUGAAUGAUGAAAAGCCAUAUGCUGCAGUUCUUAAUAUUAUUAGGGAUAAUGGACCAUAUAAAAAUAUGUUUACUGAGAAACUUGUGGAUGAUAGAAUGGAAAAUUCAUUAUCAUACUAUGAAUUCUUACAACAUUUAAAAACUAAUGUGAAAUGAAACUAAAUUAAUAGUGCCUAAGGCAAGUCGUGACUGUGAAGUGCUUGAGCUUUCAAGUUACUGAGUUUGUGGUUUAGUAUCCAAUAUUUGUUUUUCUUUUAUUACAGUUUUAUUAUAAAAAUGAAAUUAAAAAAGUGUUAUUUGUUCUCUCGACAGACAUUUAGACAUUUUAAUGUGCUUAUGGAU